AUGUGUGUCCUUCACCGAGCGUUACGCUUCACCACGAGACCCGGGCGCCCAGUUGGAGAGCUCCUGCACUCCGAUGUCAUAUCCGAGGAUAGCGCCAAGAUAGCAUUCUCCCCGUACCUCCAAGGGGGCGACGACGAGGCUGAAAGCAACGACAUCAUGCAUAAGGGCCUCGACGCUGGUGCCGUCGGGUUCCUGUCGGACAGCGACAACGAGGAGGGCGACGACGCCGGGCCGGAUGGGCUCGGCGACCAGGUCGAGGGGAACGAGCAAGAAGGCGACGGCGACGAGUCGGGGCACGAAAAGGGGCACAACCGCGAGGGCCAGCAGGAGCAGCAGGAGCAGGUCGACGGCAAUGGUGAAGAAGGGAACGAGCAAGUCGACGGCAACGGCGGACAAAGCGGCGACCAGGGCGGCGACCUCGAGUCGGGGCAGGACAAGGAGGCAGUUAGCCAGGAAGGCAACAAAUUUACCCGUACGGCUGACUAAACCGUUCAUUCAGUGCUGGGUAGUUUCUCGCCGUGCAUGAUGUCGUAUCCCAGUCCACAGUUUUCUUUACUCUUGUGUGUCUAGAUGGUCCUACAGGAGGCGUUUUGUAUCAGUUUACACAGGGGAUCCCCAGGGGGAGCGGUUUGAGACAACAUUUUCCUUGUUUAGGUAAAGGAAAAAUGAUGAGUGAAGGCUUGUGGGAGGAGAUGCAGGGGCUUUCGUUGGCGAGAUGUGCGUUGAUGAAAAUCCAUCGCAAGCAGAGAGAUGGAGUACAGACCAGGAUUUGCGCAUGGCAAACGCUUUUUUUCAUGCCAAAAGUAACGCGCGUGGGAUAAUCUUGGAAUUGAAUGAGACGGCGUGGGCGGGGGGCUGCGCGUUGUAAGCGCGUGCGUGUAGCGUGUCGCGUACAACACGCGUUCUUUUUGUUCAGUAAUGUAAGAUGGAUCUAAUAUAAACCUGUCUCCUUAGCGUUUAUGCAAAAUUGUGUAGUG